GAGAAUUAGUCAUCUUGCCUACCGGAAGGCGGUGUGAAUACAUAGCCAAUAGGAAAUAAGGUAAUCAAGGGGAGUAUUUUGCCACGUUAGUAAUCUUUUGGCUUUGUUGAAGAAUAAAUGCAAUCUUUCCAUUCGCAAUCAGCUUCUUCCUGUUUCUCGCCAAAUGGAUACUUUUUAAUGGAAUACCCUGCGCAGUUUUACCAUUCAACAUAUACAUCGCUGUCAUGAAUCAGCAGCUGCUUGCCUGCGCGGGCUGCCGGCUUGCGCAGGCUCAAUCACCCGCCGCAACCGUCGUCCGCCAAUCCCGCCGAGCACUCUCUAUAGCCAUCGCUUCCUCUGUAUCCUCCCAAUACUAUGCCUCACAUUCAAUCCUCCCAAAACUCCCGUUUCUGCACCCAUAUGUAUAUCGCCCGAAUACUCGAUGUAACCAAGCAUCUCGAAAAUCCAGUCUGUUCCCGGCUCCUAAGCAACUCUCUGCGUUCUCAACGACACACCCUAAACAGGCGACGAGGGUGGUAUUGAAUCCGCGGACUGAUGACGAGGGAAAGCCUCAGAUGAUUGAUAUCUCUCCCCGUGCAGCGCAGCGUUUACGGGAAAUUACCGAUCCUUCGUCAAAAAAACCCACUCUCCCAGUGGUCCCGGAAGGGGUUGUACAAGAUCAUCUCCGCGUCACUGUAUCGAGUGGGGGGUGUCAUGGUUUCCAGUACCUGAUGACCCUCGAUUCCGCAUCCAACAUCGACCCCGAGGAGGAUACAAUUUUUGAAGCGGAGUCAGAGGCUUCAGGAGAAUCAUCACCGGAUGGAAAGGCUCUUGGUGAAGCCAAAGUUGUUAUGGAUUCGGCAACAUUGGAGCUUCUAAGUGGCAGCACGGUUGACUAUACAAUGGAACUGAUAGGAAGCCAGUUUAAAAUUACCAACAACCCCAGGGCGACCAGUAGCUGCGGUUGUGGAACCAGUUUCGACGUACCAGCGUAACCCUCUGACGCUGAGAUCUUUAGAUAUAUAAAGAACAUAUGUUGCCCGUCGAAGGGCGCCGGAGUCCGUUUUACAUAUGUUGCACGGUUAUCUCCGCUCAUUUGUUUGCUUUGGAGUCCCUAGAGCGGCGUUCCCCCAUCAGUAUUUACGGUGAUAUUUUGGCGAUUUACGUUCAAAUAACUAAGAGAUAAUAUCUUUGGUCCCUUACCGCAUUUCUGUCGUCAUUCACCCAAUCAUGCAAUUUUGAUAUUCCCUGCCUUUACCUGUCCUCCGAUUCCACUAUUUCACCUACCCAAUCUAGCUGACUGGCAAUAUGGUAAUUUCUACUUCCAUAUUCAAUUUCCGCUAGGCAGCUAAAUGCACUGCUUGAGUUAAUAUUCCCCGACAUAUUCAUGGAGAUAAGAAGUGCCCUGGUCUUCUCCGCCACUUGGCUUCACUGCCCCUUAUUCCUCUAUCCCCAUUCAUAGUAGCGGCACCCAUGCGUGUGCAUAUCAAGAUCGUAUAUAUAUCUAUCCUUAUCUUCUUCUACUUCGGUCUCCAUCUCUUUCCCCUUUAUCCAAGUCAGAAUCCUUUGCCUUCUGUAUCGUCCUAUUUUAUAUUUUAUAUUAUCUACUAUCUCAUUUUUAUAUGUGGCUGUACUACCUUUCGACUUCCAGCGUCGAAUACUUACGAACUAUCUUUAUUACAUAUCAUCUUCUCUAGCAGGAAUGCGCCUUAUCACGGUAUAUUUCGAAUCUUUCCCUUAACGCUCGUGUACCAGUUUUCGCGAGGGACAAAUGACAUCAUUGUCUAUACUGUUCUCACUGUCAACAGAAAAGUUGGAGAAUAAUUAUGUCUGGCUAAAAAGCUUAGUCGACAUACGGCGGAGAGGGGCGUGACCAGGAGCAUGGGCAAAAGAUUUCGCUUUCCCCGACGAACUCCAAUAAGAAAUGAUUAGGCUCCGAAUUUACUACCCCCCGACGAAUAUAUGAGGUAAUGUUAGUUUCGCAGUGCCAUCUGUAUGUACUCUUUCGUACAUUCUCUAGGGUGAAGAAUGCUUGACCGAGUCCAUCAAAUUCUUCUAGAGAACAUGAACUUGCUCUCUAGUACACUUGAUACAUCAUUGGAGACCCAGCUAACUUUACCUAGGCUACCUAAAUAUCUUCUAUGUUUGAUGCUUAACUCCCUCCUCAAUGUUGUUAGAUAGCUUAACUGCUUCACGGAAUGCGAAAAUGUCAUCUCCUCUCGCGUCUGGGGACAACGAUCUCCCGUUAGCGUUAACCAACAGGGUAGAGGAAUGGGGGUUGACUACCUUGUUGGAAUCUGUCCGCCAACGUAGCUUCCGCGCCUGAGGAGCUGUCCUAGCGUCUACGUUGCCUUCUAGCUAGCGAACACGCAAAACCCCCUAUCCACAAAUAACAUCCGCUCCAUUGGCUCUACCAGGAGCUCGAUGAUGAGAACUAUUCAUGGCACGCCUUUGAUAUCCUCUUCGCGCCUUGCUUCACGAUACGCCAACACAGCUUUCGGACCAGCGGUGGCGACCCUAGUCUCAAAGUUACUAUCAUUCUUGACGGGACAAAAAGUUCCUUUCACUUCCGUUGGUCUCUUAGGAACGCACCCUUAUAUAUGUACUGUCUCCAUAUGGGACUUAUUUAUACUGCUGAUGGACCCAUCUUUUCGCGUUUGGUGGCGAAGAGCAUGUGAGGCUCCGAAUGGCCACAUCUCUAGGAUUCUUCUAACUCCGCAUGGAACGCUUGCUCUCUCAGUAGCUUGCUAUUUAUUCCAUAAAAGCGUCCUCUCCUAGUCCCCGGCUUCAACGUUAUAUGAAUUUUUCUUAUGUUCAAUAGGACAAGUUUCCACGAUAAAAAAAAAAAUCCCCUACGAAGUUUCUCGCAGAACAAAGCAAUCAAGGCAAUGAAAAUCUACUUCGGCGAAAGGGAAUUUCGAGAUAGAUC